UGAGCUGCGCAGGCGCGCCGGGUCCCAGGGCCCUCCAGUGAGCUCCAGCGGAGAAGGCUGGCAGGAGGCACCUGCGUCCGCUGGAGCCGAGGCCCGUGACGUCCACGGAGGCGGGGUCCUCGGGGCUCAGGACCCAGGUUUCUUCACCAUGGGUAUGUGGUCCAUUGGUGCAGGGGCCCUGGGGGCUGCCGCUCUGUCGCUCCUCCUGGCCAACACAGAUGUGUUCCUGUCCAAGCCCCGGAAAGCAGAGCUGGAAUAUUUGGAAGACAUAGACCUGAAAACACUGGAGAAAGAACCAAGGACAUUCAAAGCAAAGGAGCUGUGGGAGAGGAAUGGGGCUGUGAUUAUGGCUGUGCGAAGGCCAGGCUGUUUCCUCUGUCGAGCGGAGGCAGCAGACUUGUCCUCCCUGAAGCCCAAGUUGGAUGAACUAGGUGUCCCUCUCUAUGCUGUGGUGAAGGAGCAGGUUGGGUCAGAAGUGAAGGACUUCCAGCCUUACUUCAAAGGGGAAAUCUUCCUGGAUGAAAAGAAAAAAUUCUAUGGUCCUGAGAGGAGGAAGAUGAUGUUCAUGGGCCUCAUCCGUUUGGGUGUGUGGUACAACUCCUUCCGGGCCUGGAAUGGAGGCUUCUCUGGAAACCUGGAAGGUGAAGGCUUCAUCCUCGGAGGGGUUUUUGUGAUGGGACCUGGAAAACAGGGCAUUCUCCUUGAGCACCGAGAAAAGGAAUUUGGAGACAAAGUGAACCCACUCUCUGUUCUGGAAGCUGUAAAGAAGAUCAAGCCACAGACUCCAGCCUCAGGGAAAAACUGAUCACGUACAACAGCUGGCUGGGGGAGAAUGGGGCCUGCACAUGUGUUCACUGGAUGAACUGUGCUUCCACAUGGCCCCAAGAGCUAGGAGCCAUUGUACCAUAUUCACUAGGGAUUGAUGAUAUACUAAUAUUGUCUUCUGUGUAGGCCCAGUAAGGCAAAUGGGUCCCAUACAAAACUGAUUAAAACCUAGCAAAUCAGUGAGAGUUAUUUGAAGAGAGAUCUAGAAAAUCCAAGGCUUAAAGUUGACUGCUACACCUCCUUUCAAAUGUAUAUAGCCUGAUUGCUGGUAUUUGAAGUGAAUCUUUAAAUCCAAAAUCUAAGAAAAAUGGAGCUAAGAAACAGCUCAGUGAUAGGACAUUUACCUCACAUGCACAAGGCCCUGGGUUGGAUCCACAGACACACACACACACACACACACACACACACACACACACACACACACUUCUAAGAAAAGUGGAUGAUUGACUUGAUCAUUAGACACUAUAAGGCUUUUGUUUGGUGUGUUUUCUGUUAACAAUUUGUUAUGUAAUGUCAAAGGACCACAUACUGCAAUUGCUGUGUUCCAGGAUCGUUUGAUAAAGGUAAAUUACAAUGUGAAGUUUCUUGUGGUCUUCCAUUCUGAACUCCGAGAUUUGUUCCACUGGAAAACUGUCACCUCUGGCUCUAAUAAAAGUAUGCAUCCGAAAUCA